AUGUUUGAGUCAAAAAAUACGGACCACACCUUAUUGUGCGGUGAAUUAACAAACUUGAUUGAUACGCUUGUCACCAAAGUAACGUUGCCUACACAUAAGAUAGAUAUCUUUACUCAAAAUAUUCGUGACUAUUUGGACCAAAGAUGCUACCUGGGAUUCCGAUUCGAAAAACAUAUUCAAGAAAUGAAAGAGAAAGGUUUUCCCCGGGAAGAGGAAGAAGUAUUGCGGAAUAGGUGCAUACAGUUUAUAGUUUGUCUCAUUGACGAAAUAAAAAACAGAUUGCCGGAAAAUAUUACUCUCAUGAAACAAAUAUCCCGUAUAAGUGUCGAAAAAGCCCUGCAUCACAACAAAGAAAAUCUUGUUGAUAUAAUGGCUCGGUUCGUAACAAGUACAGAAUUAAUUGCAAAAAUUGACGAUCAAUGGCAGCAAAUUCAUUUACUGAGAUGGAAUGAAACAAAAGAUACAAAAAAUUUUUGGAGCGAAGUCUUGAAAUUCAAAGAUGCACAAGGUGUUGCUCGAUUUCAAGAACUAGCAACAUUUGCGAUUACACUUUUGGUAUUGCCACAUUCGAAUGCCGAUGUGGAAAGACUUUUUAGUAGCAUGAAUAUUAUAAAAAACAAGCAGCGAAACAGAAUGAAGCUAACUCUUUUGAAAUCAAUUCUAAAAAUACGCUGCGGUAUGCAGUUAAUGGGAAAGUGCUGCAACAAUUAUGAAAUUCCUUUAAAUCUUAUAAAACAAAUUGGGACGAAGGAGUCAUAUCAGUCCGAUAAGGAUAACAGUAAGGCUGAAAAUGAAAAUGCAGAUUCAUCUGAAGACGAUUUAUUAGUGUAA